AUGGAAGCAUCCAAAGGCGGCGGCGGCGGCGGGCAAAGAGAAGUGAAAUACCGGGGCAUUCGCCGGCGGCCGUGGGGUAAAUUCGCCGCCGAGAUACGGGACCCCAACCGAAACGGCGCGCGGCUGUGGCUGGGCACGUUCGAGACGGCGGAGGAGGCGGCUAGGGCUUACGACAGGGCGGCGUAUGCUCUGAGGGGUCAUCAGGCGAUUCUCAAUUUCCCCAACGACGGCCAUUACCGGAAUACGCCAGCAGAGAGCAGCAGCCGCCUGGCGCCGAGUGGCAGUAUUGCGAAUACUCGGGGGCGGCCACCUCAGGCGGCGCUUCGAUAUGAACCGUCGCCGGAGUACGCCGGAGAGGAGGUGGGGCCGUCGAGGGGGGCCGGGGAGGAAGUAAUUGAGUUGGAGUAUUAUGAUAAUAAGUUGCUUGACGAUCUUCUUUCGACACAAUUUCAGGAAGAUGAUUGUAAUUACAAGAGAUCAUCAGAUAAUAAUUGGUAG